AUGCAGCUUCCUCUCUUCAUCAAGGUGCUUCCUCUCUUGAUCAAGAUGCUUCCUCUCUUCUUCAAAGUACUUCCUCUCUUGAUCAAGAUGCUUCCUCUCUUCUUCAAAGUACUUCCUCUCUUCAUCAAGAUGCUUCCUCUCUUCUUCAAAGUACUUCCUCUCUUCAUCAAGAUGCUUCCUCUCUUGAUCAAGGUGCUUCCUCUCUUCUUCAAAGUACUUCCUCUCUUGAUCAAGAUGCUUCCUCUCUUCUUCAAAGUACUUCCUCUCUUCAACAAAGUGAUUCCUCUCUUCUUCAAAAUACUUCCUCUCUUGAUCAAGGUGCUUCCUCUCUUCUUCAAAGUACUUCCUCUCUUGAUCAAGGUGCUUCCUCUCUUCAUCAAGAUGCUUCCUCUCUUCAACAAAGUACUUCCUCUCUUCAUCAAGAUGCUUCCUCUCUUGAUCAAGAUGCUUCCUCUCUUCUUCAAAGUACUUCCUCUCUUGAUCAAGAUGCUUCCUCUCUUCUUCAAAGUACUUCCUCUCUUCUUCAAAGUACUUCCUCUCUUCAUCAAGAUGCUUCCUCUCUUGAUCAAGGUGCUUCCUCUCUUCAUCAAGAUGCUUCCUCUCUUCUUCAAAGUACUUCCUCUCUUCAUCAAGAUGCUUCCUCUCUUGAUCAAGAUGCUUCCUCUCUUCUUCAAAGUACUUCCUCUCUUCAUCAAGAUGCUUCCUCUCUUGAUCAAGGUGCUUCCUCUCUUCUUCAAAGUACUUCCUCUCUUCAUCAAGAUGCUUCCUCUCUUCUUCAAAGUACUUCCUCUCUUCAUCAAGAUGCUUCCUCUCUUGAUCAAGAUGCUUCCUCUCUUCUUCAAAGUACUUCCUCUCUUCAUCAAGAUGCUUCCUCUCUUCUUCAAAGUACUUCCUCUCUUCAUCAAGAUGCUUCCUCUCUUGAUCAAGGUGCUUCCUCUCUUCUUCAAAGUACUUCCUCUCUUGAUCAAGAUGCUUCCUCUCUUCUUCAAAGUACUUCCUCUCUUCAACAAAGUGAUUCCUCUCUUCUUCAAAGUACUUCCUCUCUUCAUCAAGAUGCUUCCUCUCUUGAUCAAGGUGCUUCCUCUCUUCUUCAAAGUACUUCCUCUCUUGAUCAAGAUGCUUCCUCUCUUCUUCAAAGUACUUCCUCUCUUCAACAAAGUGAUUCCUCUCUUCUUCAAAAUACUUCCUCUCUUCAACAAAGUGAUUCCUCUCUUCUUCAAAGUACUUCCUCUCUUGAUCAAGAUGCUUCCUCUCUUCUUCAAAGUACUUCCUCUCUUCAUCAAGAUGCUUCCUCUCUUCUUCAAAGUACUUCCUCUCUUCAUCAAGAUGCUUCCUCUCUUGAUCAAGGUGCUUCCUCUCUUCAUCAAGAUGCUUCCUCUCUUCAACAAAGUACUUCCUCUCUUCAUCAAGAUGCUUCCUCUCUUGAUCAAGAUGCUUCCUCUCUUCAUCAAGAUGCUUCCUCUCUUCUUCAAAGUACUUCCUCUCUUCAUCAAGAUGCUUCCUCUCUUCUUCAAAGUACUUCCUCUCUUCAUCAAGAUGCUUCCUCUCUUGAUCAAGAUGCUUCCUCUCUUCUUCAAAGUACUUCCUCUCUUCAUCAAGAUGCUUCCUCUCUUGAUCAAGGUGCUUCCUCUCUUCUUCAAAGUACUUCCUCUCUUGAUCAAGAUGCUUCCUCUCUUCUUCAAAGUACUUCCUCUCUUCAACAAAGUGAUUCCUCUCUUCUUCAAAGUACUUCCUCUCUUCAUCAAGAUGCUUCCUCUCUUGAUCAAGAUGCUUCCUCUCUUCUUCAAAGUACUUCCUCUCUUGAUCAAGAUGCUUCCUCUCUUCUUCAAAGUACUUCCUCUCUUCAUCAAGAUGCUUCCUCUCUUCUUCAAAGUACUUCCUCUCUUGAUCAAGAUGCUUCCUCUCUUCUUCAUAGUACUUCCUCUCUUCAUCAAGAUGCUUCCUCUCUUCUUCAAAGUACUUCCUCUCUUCUUCAAAGUACUUCCUCUCUUGAUCAAGGUGCUUCCUCUCUUCUUCAAAGUACUUCCUCUCUUGAUCAAGAUGCUUCCUCUCUUCUUCAAAGUACUUCCUCUCUUCUUCAAAGUACUUCCUCUCUUGAUCAAGGUGCUUCCUCUCUUCUUCAAAGUACUUCCUCUCUUCUUCAAGUACUUCCUCUCUUGA